AUGUGCACCAAUGAAGACCUUAAAACUUCACUGCACAGAGGAAGUAUCACAGAAUGCCCUGGUGGUCGUUCUCUUUUCGAGGAUUUCAAACCUGCUAACAACUUGGCUUUACCCAGACCAUCCAUCAAAGCUGGAAUCUUGUCUCAUGGAAAAUCAAAGCGCAUAUCAACUUAUAGACUAGUUCAAAGCUUCACAGCUGCAAUCUUCCUCACUCUAGUCUAUCUUUCCAUCUCACCCACUUCAACCUCUCUCCCAAAGCAUGACUUGCUAGGCAGACCAUACUGUGAACGCUCUCUUACCUUCGUUCUCUCUGACUGCUGUGACUUUUCCUUCCAGAUGAUUGGCCUUGUCAAUGCUAUGAUCUAUGCAGAAGACACUGGUCGUUCUUUCUUUCUUGCCGACAAGAACUGGAAUUAUGGGCGAUGGGGUAGCUUCUUCAAAAAGUUGGCGAAACCAUCGUGUAUUCGACCUGAGACUUCCGACCUGUAUGUGCAAUUCCCAAAUACACCACUUGGUCCGGACGAAUUGAGAGAAACAGAAGCGAAAUUCAAGACAGCAUCACACGUUGUCAUGAAUCGAUGGUCAUGGUAUCUAUUAGAUGAACAUAUAGAGACGGUUUAUCAUGAGAAGAAGCAUUCGUCCGGCAUACCAGCAUACGCGAAGAUAUUCAAAGCACAAGAGCGAGUAUUACAUAAUAUAUGGCAUGUCAAUAAGGAGGUACAAAAUCUAGUUCAUCGAGAAUGCGAGGUCGGUGAACUACCUUAUGCCCGGUCAAGGGCCACUAAGGACAACUUCUACAUUGCGCUCCAAAUACAACGCGUCAACCAUAUUGGCAAAUACGUAGCGGCGGCCGAACGAGUUCUUCAAAGGAUACCUCAAAUCAAAAACGAAAUUACGGUAUUUGUUAAUGCUCACACUAAUACUUCGCACGCACGCAGGCGCUUGAUGAAACGACGUCCCGAUUGGAAGGUCGUCGUUUCGUUUGAGGAUGAUUUCCAGUUUCGAUUGGAUGAUACCGCUCCAGAUAGUAAAGGACUAAUGGCAUACGAUCUAGAGUCGAGAGUGGAUUUCGGCAUGGCUUUCGUGACUGAUAUAGUUCUUAUGGCAGAAGCAGAUCAUCUCGUAUGCUCAUUUGGGACGCCCGUAUGCAGGCUUGUCACAUUGUUGAAAGGGCUCAGGAAAGUGAAGUCUACUACCAGCAUUGAUAAACAAUGGUUUUCUACGUUGUAUCCAUUGAAUGGCUAUAAUGAGGUAUAUAAUCCGCAUAAAGCACGUUGGAAGAAACAACCUCAUCGACCAACUAACGGGGAUGGCAAGAAAGGUCGUAGAAAGGGUGGUAGGAAGGGUGGUAGGAAGUACGGCAAAUCUCGCGCAAGUUGA